GCUUAUCCGUCCGUCUGCGUGACGCGGUUUUGGGUCUACUUCUGUCACAACCAAUGACUUCUCAACACAAAGAGACCCACCGAACACAACUCGCGGUGUCCUUUGCCCCUUUCCGAUGUACAUUUUCUUGUCGUUGCCGCGAGGGUGGCCCCAGACUUCAAAGCGCUCCAGUGUCCACGGGAGUCUGCAAGUUGUCGUCUGGCGAAUGCCGACAAUCCUAAACUGUAGUGUCGCCGCUGUCUGUGCAUGCGGCUGCAACCACCUGCAUCUUCGUUUCCCGGAUAGGCGGCGUUUGUAACCAGUGAUAGUGCCUGCGACGAACAAGCUCAGAAAGCACCAUGCAGCGUGUUUGGUACUCGAUCCUUCUCGACAGCUGAAUGGUGUCGGCCUCCGCACAGUUGCGGCUUUGUCAUGGGAGUGAGGCCAGCUGGUCUGUUGAUUGGCACUGAUGUUUGUUUCCAUCUCUGUUGAUUUAUCUCUCCAAUCUUUUUUACACGAUGGAGCAGCCAUCAACAGAUCCUCCCUCCGCUCCGCCUCCGGCACGGGCAUUGUUCUUCAGCAUUGAGUCUUUAUCCCUUUCGGAACUAUGCUCGGGAGAACGCGUUCCGCUGCCUCUUGAGUCAACACUUACCCUGUUGGUUGUUGCCACUUCUACUUUGUUCUUUUGUCUGCUUUUGUGGCGUUUCCGUAAGUUGCGACUGGAGCACCGUCCUUCCGAUGCAGAUCUUCCCCCCAGUGGGAAUUCCCAAACAAGGACCACCACGUUUUUCUCCGUUGGUACAUCGUCGGUGCCCUCUCCAUGUGGCGACAGCGGCAGUCAUGUUUCGGCGAUAAGGAACAAUGAGGGCGAAGGCAAUAAGUUGAAAAAGGAGAAGGAAGCGUGUGAUGGAGUGAGGCGGGAGACAGCAGGAUCUUCCGACCAACUCUGUCCUGAUUCCUUUAUUCCUCAGAGGGGGUAUCGUCGGAGCUGGAUCGGCUUGGUCCUUCACAUCUUCCUCUAUGCUGUUGUCUUCUCUGCUCUACUUCUUAUGCUAAGUCUGGUUGCUGUAGAGACCUGCAUUCCAGUGUCGAAAAGUGAUCUUCUAUGGCGAGACAGAGCAGUGAGUUUCAUUGCUUUAUGGAUAUUCGUCUUUUCCGGACUCUACGGUCUUCAGCUCUUCCACUCCUACCUGCCGUGGUUCUUCCGGCUGCGCUGCCCUCUCUCGGAGGCGACCGCCGUGUGUUUCGUCCGAGAGCCGACUCCCUGCGCUGCAAGCGGCUCCAACAAAGCGGGGCCGAGCGACGAGGCUUUGCCACGUUUGAGAGAGAGGAGCGCUGAAAUCUCUGGAGACGAGACUGCCUGCAAGAGGGAUCGUGACGACGAAGUCGAGCCGGAAGAGGAUGAUCAUGAAAGGGAGGGUCUGAAUGCAGAAGCCCCAGACUCCAUCUCUCGGGUCGUUGCCAGGGUGCGAGAGGAGAGUUUCGCGUGUGCACUCUCCUUGUUCUUUGGCAUCACUCGCGCGAAGCCAUCGGGAGAAGGGAAGGAGGCGAAGCCGUUUCACGACUUGGUCAAUUCGUCAUGCCUGUCUCUGGUGCCUGUGCAACGCGUUAAAGUGACGACUGGAGUUUCCAGAACUUUUCCGAUUACCUCAAUUGCCACGGCGAAUUCGUGGAAAGACUCAAAGGAGACAAAGUCGAGUCAACGUGACAGUGACCAAACAGGUUGCCGUGUGGUCUGCUGGGAAGGUCGACGGCAUGUGUACUGCCCACACGCAGGACGGUUCGUCCUCUCGAGAAGCGAGCUUCCAAAGGCAGAACGGACUCGGCAAGCAAUAAGCGAUGUGAUCAAACGAGGAGGCAUUUCGGAUGCGGAAGCGCUCAGACGGCUUCGCUUGUUUGGCGUUAAUGCGGUCCCGGUAGCGAUGCCGACCCUGACCGAGGCUCUGAAAGGAGAACUUUCUGACGUAAUGUUCCUUUUCCAGUUUCUUCUCGUCUGCAACUCCUUCUACUGGCGUUCCUAUCUUGCCUCAUCGAUAUGGGCACUUCUGGCGGUGUAUGGCAUCCUUGCGAGAGUUUGGAUCGCCCACAAAAGCCAAAUGAAGGUCAAACGUCUUGCGGAGGAAGGCAGUGCGACACUCGUGUGUGUCCUCCGGCAAACAAACUCGGAGACAGGCACGUUUGAGAAUCCCCUCUACAUUCCUGCGCAGCAACUCGUUCCAGGUGAUUUGGUCCUGCUGAGUCCGGGUAUGACCGUGCCGGCGGACUUGGUUCUCUGCGACGGCAGCGCCGUGAUGGAUGAGAGUGAACUGACUGGCGAAACGAAACCUAUUCAGAAACUACCGUGGCUGCCUCAUCGACUGAGAACAACAAACAAAUACGGGAAAACGGAGGAUAGUAGAGAAAAUGAGAGUUCGCCUGCGGAGAAUGACAACGACACUCCCUUCUUCAUAGAUCGACCGAGUAUGAGGAAGUCGAUUCUCUUCGCGGGCACGCACGUGAUCUCGGCUGCAGGUUCGAAGGCGUCUGUGACAGGUCUCCCACGUGGUCGCUCCGCGUUCGAUUAUCCCGCGAAUUCGGUCCAUGCCGGCGUUUCCUCGUCUCCGCGGAACGACCCUCAGAUCUCUUUCCUUUCUUACGAAGCGUCGUCGGCCUGCUUGGCAGUGGUAGCGAGGACAGGAAGCAGCACUGCUAGGGGCUCCCUUCUACGACGGACUCUGUCGUCUUCCAUCUUCCUCUUCAAGUACGACGCCCAGCUCCCGGCAGUCUUCCUCAUCAUGCUCUGCUACGCGGCUGUGGUUAUUUGCAUCCUUUGCAAGUGUUCUCCGAAUGCGACGGGAGUCGCUGGGUGGUUUUAUGCGUUAGGCACGCUGUCGCAGCUGCUUCCGGUCUGGACUCCCGUCUUGAUUGCGCGGGCGCAGGCUGCUUCUGCGCAGCGCCUUCAGGAGACAAAACAGAUUCUGACAUUGGCCCCUCAACGACUCGCCGUAUGCGGCAAAGCCCGCGUCGUUUGCUUUGACAAAACAGGCACAUUAACACAGCAUGGCAUGCAAUUUGCCGGUGUGCUGGCCACCAGCCGGUCUUCUACAAGGUUGUCCCGUGCAGUGCCGGACUCCCAAACAGACCAACAGAGUGGUACGAGAUUGUCGGAGUCGGCAGGCACGGUGCACAGUGCAGAGGCGCAUGCAGUGUCUUUCGAACGGAAUGUACGACCAGUCACGGCAGCGUGGAACUGGGGCCUCGGAAGCUUGGUUGUUUCUGAAGACAGGGGCAAAAGAGUCCGAUCCCCAUCAAGUCCUUUGCAUCGCGAACAGUGCCCAAGCAACAGUGACGACGGUCACUUGGUCAAAGAAGAAACAAAGAGCACGGACUCAUUGGAAGACGCGGCUGCCAAGCCCUCUACGGAGCAGGACCAGAACCUCUUGUUGCUCGGGCUCUCCGCGUGCCAUGCGUUGGCAUUGAAGACACCAGGAUCACUGUUGCGCCCCGCCGAGAUACUCGUGCACCUCGAUGUGGAGAGCAAACUACGGGAUUAUUCUGGAGGCCGAAAGGCGUGUGGGGCAUCCUGGCUGGAGGAUCCAAAGGCAGGACCAUCGGAGAACGAAGAGCUCUCCGUCCACGUAAAGGCAUCCGAAACUGGCCAUGACGAGGACCAGACUGACGAGGGAAACGUUUUUCUGGGUUCCGACCUCGAAAAACGGAUGGUACAGGCCACCGGCUGGCGUUUGCUGAUGACGUUGCAUGGAGAGGAAGAUCACCAGGCAUCAGCUGUUUGGGAGCAGGACAGGCCUGCUCGGUGGAUGCUCCCCCCCCAGUUCGAAGAACGUGCCAGGGCCAGACGUGACAUGUGGCUGCCAAUUUUAUCAUCACCUGCCAAGGACAGCAGUUCGCCCCUAGGUGAAUGGUGUGGGCACAAGAUGGCCGACAAAGUCUUCCUCGAUUCAGGUGCUGUAGAAAUUCUGCAUGUCUUUCCUUUCGAUUACUCAUUGCAACGCAUGAGCGUCGUCGUUCGACGCGGGAGUAGCAGACGUUGCGUCGACCAAGACGGGGUUUUAACUCCGGAUUCUUUUGGAGACGAGACAUUGGUCUUUUGUAAGGGAAGCUACGAAUCCGUUGGACCCCUCUGUACCUCUGGGUUACCUGCUGAUUUUACCGGGCGCUGCAACAGUCUCGCGCUUCAAGGUUUCUAUGUUCUUGCUCUCGCGUAUAAGCCGGUGCCAUCGACUGACGCUGAACCCUCGAGAGAAGGGAACCUAGAUCCCGAAGCAGCUGAGAGGCACCAACGCGCUUCGAAGCCGGUAAAGUUUCGAUCGCGGCACAAAUCAAAAAAUAAGACGAAACAGCCCCUGGCUAGGAAGCAGCCAGGGAAAAGCGUCGCGCCAGAGAUAAAUGAAACUGGGGCAGUUUCUGAUACGUCAGACACAAGGCUCCAUUUCGAUUCGCACACCUGCCCUCCUGCCUCUGCCAUUCCUUCCUCUGUGGGUCGUGGGCACCAGAAGGACGCCUUGAAGCCGCCUAGUGUUCUGGGCAUGUCUCGAGACUCAGUGGAAAACGGGCUUCGCUUUCUAGGUUUGAUUCUUUUUCGGAAUGAGCUGAAAGCCGACGCCGCAGAGGCCAUUCGGCAGCUGAAGCAGGGACGCGUGAGGCCCGUCAUGAUCACGGGCGACAGUGUUCUCACAGCGUGCUGUGUGGCCAGAUUAUGUGGCAUGACUGGUGAACAGUGUUCCUUAUCGUACACUUCCUUUUGUGGUGAAAACACGUGUAGCAUGCGGUCGCUGGAAGACAAUGCGUUAGAAAACGCCACAGCUGAACUCCAGGCAUCAGAGCGACAAAUCUCGGGCCCUUCUGCGGUCGUGGGUCCCCUAGGAUCAGCAUAUGUUCCAGAUGCACCCGCCAUGGAAACGCGUCAAAACCCACCAACGGUGCUGGUGGCGGAAUUCAAAAAUCCUCAAGAUUCUCAGUCCGGACUAAUCUGGCGUGACGCGGACAUUCCACACCGUGUUUUCAGCGAAACGGAGGUUUAUCAAGGUCUGCUAACGGCUGGCGGCAUGUGCGACCUGGCCGUCACAGAGACGGUUCUAGAGUAUCUUGCGUCUACGCCAGUCAGUGAUCCAAACGUGUACACUACACCACUACGUGCUUCCAAGGCACCCAUUGAGGACGCUCGCUUUUUCUGCUCUUCCUCUCGUGAAGGAUUGUUUGUUCCAGAACAUCGGUUUUGGAGCUACAGAAUCACCGUCGACACGGAGGAGACAGUAUCCCUUUUGGAGUCAGGAAGCCCCGACGGCACCGUGAAACAGCAAGGGAGCUACGCGUGUUAUUCUGAAAGCGCUCCACGAGAGACUCCACGAUCUUGGGCGUACUGGCGGCGAGCAGCCGCUGCCUUGGGUUUUAGUUUGGGACGGCGAAGGUCCAGCUUGAAAAUGCUUGGAAGCUGUGAUGUGAACCAGAGUGAAGGCCACGACAGAACGUCGCUACUCGAUGUCCUGCUCAUGCGAAUCAGGAUUUUCGCGCGCAUGUCGCCGCAGGGCAAGAGACGCAUCGUCCUGGCAUUCAUGCGGCGAGGCUUCGUCACCUGCAUGUGCGGGGAUGGAGGGAAUGACUGUGCUGCCCUUCGUGCUGCCCACGCGGGCCUGGCCUUUUCCACGAGCUCUGCAUCUGUGCUUGCUCCAUUCACUGCCACUUCGCUGCAGCCAACUGCUGCGGCGGACCUUCUCAAAGAGGGGCGGUGCAGUUUAGCCACUGCUCUUUCCGCAUACAAGUUCUUGGUGGUCUACGGCGUCCUCCUUUCCUUCGUCAAGAGUGUUCUGCUCAUUUUUGGAGGCGGGUCCUGCAUGAGCCAGGCCAUCUACUUUUUAAUGGAUGUCGCGAUUCUUCUGGGCUUGAGCAAGGUCAUGGUUCUUGCCAGGCCUAAAGAAAGCCUACGAAUUCGGUCUCCUACGUCAAGUCUCCUGGGCCCAACCACCAUUGUCUCCGUCUGCAUCAUGCUACUGGUCGAUUUUCUGUUCAUUGUCUGUCUCUACUCCCAGCUUCGUGCAACUGGGCUGGGAGUGGACGUGGACUACCAAGCAACACUUCCACCGCAGGCUUGGUGGAUGAGGAGUGACACGUACGAGGCAGCGAGCUGCGCCAUCUGGGUCUGUGUACAGCUCACCAAUACUGCCUUUGUUUUUUCGUUGGGCGGUAUGUUCCGCGAUCGCGUCUACAGGAACCGGGCGCUCAUCAUAUCUACUGCAGUUCUGCAGCUGUUCUUCAUCGCCAUCACCUUCCUCCCGACGUCGAGUAUUUCCUGUCUUAUGCGCAUUAACUGUACCGAUGCGGCUUCACGUGCUGUAAACCUACCCGUACCAGCAUGGAUGGCUCGUCCUGCUGCGGGGAUGCCUCUGUACAAUCCGCGCGGUCAUAACAUCUUCCCUUUUCCAUGGAAGGUGCAGCUCACGAUUCUAUCUCUGGCAAAUGCCAUUGUCAACAUUAUCAUGGCCAGGUUUCUCUUCUCCGCCGCAUUCCUCAAGUUCCUUCGGACUCACACAAACAGUCCUGGAGAGUCUGAUAAUCUCAUGGUUUAACGGAAUGCUGCGUCAGGCCCUAGGCGAGCGGAAGCGGCAGGUCGAGCUCAAAGUGGAACAGCUAUGUGAAGCGCGUGCAAUUUGUCGCAUACGUUUCCACUUUAACCUUAUGUACAGUGGUAUUUGAUGUGGCUAAUGACCUUGUUCGAAAUGGAUAGGAAGUUUACUUGCAUUGACUUGUGGCGUAGUCCUUCGAAACCAUAUGGACCUUUCUAAAUCACCGG